UCGGCCACCAUUGUUGGAUGUGAUCCUUGUGCAUAGUUUGAUAUAAUUUGCUUUAUUCUAAUAGCCAUCAGUGAUAUUUAUAAAAUUCCGUAAAAGGAUGAAGUGUACAUCAAUCAACGAACAAUAAUUCAACUUUAAAGUAUCGGUGCAGUGCAUAUUUUCAAACCUUAAAUGCUUUCAAAAUGUCACGCGAAGUGAGCUUCAGAUUUGUGAACACCAUACCGUACUUGAAAUAAAUGUGGUUUACUUUUGAAUAAACCUAUCAAUAAGUGGAUAUAUGUGUGGUGUUUAUUUCACGAUGUCUGCUAAAUACAAUGGAUGCUUAAAUUUAUAACAUAAGCUAAUGAAAACGUUUUAGAACUUUCUGUACACGUCGUAAGGGAGCGCAGUUACGCGGGCGAAGGCUUCAAAGUUGCCGGCAACAUUAUGGUGGACUGAAGGAGUGUUUGUUACGAAAUAGGAAAUAAAUACAUUUUGUAAACAGUGUCGCGAGGACUCCGCACACGAUGUCUGGCGGGUCACAGCACAAUCCUAAUGGUAGACAGUCGCAAAUCGGAUCGGGUUGGAGCCCGUUGCAGUUACAGGUGGCGAACCUACUUGCGCGCGCGCCGCAAGCCCACAUGGCGUCGGAGCGCGGCGUGACGUGGCACACGCCGACGCCGCCGCCCCAUCUCUACCAUGUGCCGGCGCCUUCGCCCCCGGACCCCCUGCAAGGUCUCUUGUUGCAGGCGAUGAAGAGCGGCGCCAACUCGGUGUUCCGACACACGGCGACGCCGCCCGAGCUCUACCGACACACACCCACGCCACCGGACAAACACAUGCUCAGGCAUACUCCUUCACCGGGCGAUGUUAAGGCAGUGGCUGCCUUACCUCCAAACGAUCUAUAUCCUCAUCUGGCGCCCGGAAGAGAGAAACUAAUGCGUGCGGACGAACUCUUAGCGUAUGCGCGUGGUGGCGUGGACCUCACAGUGGGCGGACCUCGUGGUGCCAAUGGUUCACCCGCGCCCAUUCACCCCUCGUCGGGAGCUCCUGCGCUGUCAGUGCGGGACGCUCCCACCAUCAACAGUCUCAUCGCCCGCGCGGCGCCACACGCGCGACCCGCACACGCCAGGGUAGACGCGUUGCUGGAGAGACUGUCUGCAGCACCCGCACCCGCGUCACCUCACUCCGUCAUCGUGCAUUCUCGUGCUGCACCCACACCGUCACCGCCUUCCUCCAAUGAGGACUCGGCAGACUCGUGUGGAGCUCCACCGGGAUCGAAACGGAAAAGGAAACCCGAGCGCACGUUGCGUGUGCCCGUCCCGCCUCCCCCGCCUCUUGAUAUACCCAGACACUCAUCCCCGCCCCGAGUUUCACCUUUAACUACACAACCACCGCAUGAAAAUGGCGACAUAGUACAUUCAACUCAAAACGGACCAGAAAAACCACCUUCACCCCAACCACCCGAACCUCAUGCGAGAAGAAAAACCCGCUCCGGUUCAGCAGAAACCAUAGAUGAUAUAGCUGCGAUGAUCGCUAGUACAGACGCAGAACGCAGAGACACAGCUAUAGAACCGACCCCACCACCAGAAACGGAAAUGCCAGUCACAGUAGAUAAAUUAAAGAGCGUAUUAGCGAGUCCCGAACCCGAAGCAAAGUCACCUGUACCCGAAAAACCUCCAACCCCGAAGUCACCAGAACCUGAAAUAAAGCCUCCACCUCAGAAAUCGCCUCUCCCUAAAAAAGAUGAACCAGAACCACCUCCAGCGACAGCUGCAGCGCCCCGACGGCGAAGUGCAAGAACUUCGAACUCGGAAUUAACUAAUGUACCUGUGGGAUCGCCGUCUGAAGCCAAGCCAGCCGAACCGGAAGCCAGCGAAGCGGGAAGUGCCGAGCCAACCGCUGCAAGCUUCGUCGAAGUCGAAAAUCAACUAGAAAAAAUGUUUGCUGGAUUGGAAGAGGAAGCACCUACGGGAAAGGAUCCUGCCGAGAAAGGCUUGAAUGAGAAGAAACAAACGGCAAAAGCCCGAAAAAGGAGAAAAUCGGCUCCAACAAAAGGUGAGAGAAAGGCGUCGAAACGAGCGAGUCGCGCGUCAACAGGUGUUGAUGAGGCUCCAAGACGAAAGACGGCUAGAAAAAAAGGCGUUGAAAAGAAAAAGAAAGAAGCUCCGGUCAAAGAUGCGUACGAUUCGGGAAGUAAUGCGAGCUCCAGUCGAUCAAGAGGACCAUACAUACAGAUCGUCGGACCUCGUGAUUCUCCAGUAUCAGUAUCAGUGGUCAACGCAUCUGCCAGUGCGACGGAAGAGGAGCGACGGACCGCUGGUGACGAGUGGCGCAAUGGACUACGUGCAAGGGGCUUACAUGCCAGCACGCUGGGCCUGCGGUAUGACGCCUCAACCCCUGACGCAUCGUGGUUAUGCGCCUUUUGCGAAAGAGGCCCGCACUCAUCUGGUCUAGGAGAUCUAUUCGGACCCUACGCUAUUGAUAUUAAUUGUGAAGAAUUCAGAUCCUUGGACGAGGCAUCAAAACGACGAUUUGCGUCAUCAUCAGGUGGCGCAGAAGUUUGGUUCCAUGAAUCGUGCGGUGUAUGGGCACCGGGGCUCUUAGCUGCGGGCUCUCGUCUGUGGGGCCUGGCCGCGGCGGUGUGCGGAGCGCGGUCCGCCCGUUGCGGGAGCUGCGGCCGAGCCGGCGCGGCCUUGUCGUGUGCCACUCGCGCUUGCCGCGCCACCACACAUGUGCCCUGUGCCACCGCAUGGACUCUGCACGACGACUUCCGCGCGCAUUGCCCGAGACAUGCCUAGCGACUACAUACGUCCGCGUCGAAUGUCACGCAGCCAGUGAAAGUGUUACCCUAGUGAUUUGCGAACGAAACGACGCUUGGACCAACAAGGGACAGAUGAAAUUUUGUUACCUGAUUGUGUUUAGUGAAGGUGACCAGUGACAUUUGUGACGUUCCGCUUCGUGAGUAGUGAGUGGAAGAAUAUUGUUACCUGAUCAUGUUUAAGUGGUUGUAGUGCAUUAAGUUGACUUAAUAAAUAAAAAAUUAUGAAGUUUGCCUAGAUGACUUCCUUAUUAAAUUGUGUUGUGGGUAUUUUAUUUGUUGCUAAUCUUUUUUAGAACACAAUCGGUUGACUAAAUUACAUUAUAAGCGCGAAAAAUACUCAUACUCGCGUAAAUUCAAGCACAGCUAUGAAUUUCAUUCAAAUCAGUGUACUUAUGUUGUGGUUACUUGCCAGAGAACUCUAUCUAAAUAUACUCACUAUGUAUCUGAUGACGGAAUCUCUUGAUGCCCACAAGAAUCACAGACAUUGUUAUAACUUAUUGGUACCAUAAAAGUUGUAUUUCUUGCAAACACUGCAAUUAUUAUGAAAUUGACCAUGAGAGUAAGAUUUAAUGUAUUUACAAUAAUUUAUACCUAAAUGCAAUGUUAUUAUGUAGUGUGAUGUCGGUUUAACGAUGUCAUGCUUUUAAGGUGUUCUGAUGCCAAAAUGCCAUCCUCAAAUGGUAAUAUACCCCAUUAAUAUUCUAAAAAUCGAAAAAACAACUGUUCAAUUGUUUGUUAAAACAUGUAAGUUUUUUUACAGUUAUAAUAUUAAAUUACAUUAAAAAGUUUGAGGCAACUAUAUGCAAUAACUUGUUCAGUACAUAUAUUGUUUAAUUUUAAUAAAAUAUUUUUAAUGUUAGUAUCAAUGAUUAUAAAUUUUCUAUUAUAUGGGGUAUAAUGGCUUACAAAUUUUUUUUAAAAGAACAAAUCUUCCAAGCUCUGUUAAUCUCCGAUAAAUAUUUUGCCUGUACUAGAUGUCUUAUUAGAUGUAAUAUAGAGAAAAUGUAGAUAAAUUCUUGUUAACAUUUUAGAACUAAUUUAUUAUUACCAACAUUUGAUAUAAAUGAAUCUUAACAACAUAUAUGUACAGAAAAUUUUACAUAUAUCGUAAUUAUGAUAAAUAGUUGUACACAUUAUCUUAACUGGAUUUGCUAUUGUGUAAAUAUAGAUAAUAUAUAAAAUCCAUUUUAUUGCAUCAGAACACCAUUUGUUUAAUUGUAAAUUAAACUUAAGGCGAUAUAAUCAAUAGAAAAGCAGUAUUUCAUACAGACAUAUAAUAUUUUCCGAAACAAUAG